ACCUCUAAUUGAAGCUUCCGGUAGAACAAUGUUUAUGAAUUCUGUGGUAAUAUGAAUACUUUCAUUGUUUUUCGAGUUUGAUUUCUGUCGACUUAAAGACAUAUCUAAGAAAAGUUCAUUACAGCUGCUAUGAUUACACUUUCGAAGAAGUUGAAAGCUGGGACAGUAGUGAAGAAAGACGAUGAGCCUAAACGGAUCUCAAUAAGAGAUAAGCUUCUUGUUAAAGAGGUGCAAGAAAUGGAGGAAAAUCUACCCAAAACAUGUAAAGCGAAUUUUAAUGAUCACAAUACGCUUCACUUGUUUACUUUAACCAUAGCACCAGAGGAAGGCUUCUGGAAUGGAGGAAAGUUUAAGUUUUCUAUAAACGUACCAGAGGAAUAUAACAUAGUUCCCCCGAAUGUGACCUGUGAUACGAGAAUCUGGCAUCCCAACAUCGGGGAAGGUGGAGAAGUGUGCCUCAGCCUUCUGAGACAGAACUCCAUAGACAGUCUGGGCUGGGCUCCAACAAGAAAAUUGAAAGACGUUGUUUGGGGAUUAAACUCACUGUUCUCUGAUUUAUUAAACUUUGAAGAUCCUCUAAACGUGGAGGCUGCAGAACACUAUGAGCGAGACAAGGAAUCCUUUAAGUCUAAAGUUAGAGACUACAUUCAGCUCUAUGCAAGCAGAUAGCAUCAUAUGGACAGACUCUGAACAGUGUAUAUACACGUCAUGUAAUUGUUAUAGCGAAUUUUGUGUAUUAACCAUCGUCAAUAUAAAAUGCUGGUAUUAUUUUUUUGCAUUCAACUGUUUGUUACACUUGCUCACUUAGGAAUAUCAAAGUUUGAAUCAGGUGUCGACUGGUUUAACCCUUUCCCACUCUGACGAAAUGUGAAAAUGGCUAUAUGCAACCAGCAUAAAACUGGAACAACCUCUUGAAUUAUCUCCCUGGCUGUUCAGGUUUAACUCUGUUAGCUGAUCAUCAGUAUCUUAGGAUUGGAAAUGAAGCCUUUAACAUUUGAAUCUAUGCAGAAACAUCUAUAAUUUAUUUAGAUUUUUAAAGGACAACAAAUGGGCCAAAUGUGAAUCUAAGUCUAACAUGGUUAAGCUAAUAGAGGACAAUAGCAGGAUGCUGUAAAAUAAAAAUUCUAAAUAUAAACAUUACUUAAAGAAGCUGUUUCAUAAUGGACACAGUCUUACUAGCGAUUGGGAAGUUCAUGGUGUCAAUUGCUACUCUUUUUUUGUCCACAAUCAUAAGUACUGGUUAAACUCUGAGUUGAGGUUUUUUGAUUUUUAAAGUUUUGAAAUGUUCAGAUCUUUUUGCUUCCAUCGUACUAGCAGAAUUAGUGUAAAUGCUUAUUUACAUAUAAGCCGCGUUCUGUGAAAAUGGGCUUUAAUGCAUGUGCGUAAAGUGACAUCCUAGAUUAGCCUGUGCAGUCCACACAUCAGGGACGACCAUUUCUGACUAAACUAGAUUUUUGCUAAAGAUAGACUUUCUUUAAACGAAAAAUAACGUAAAAGCAGAAAGUGUCGUCCCUGAUUAGCCUGGCUAAUCUGGGACGACACUUGACGCACAUGCAUUAAACCCUCUUUUCACAGAGCACGACCAAUAUCUUAAUUUUUAUAUAUAUUUUCAGAAUAAAAUUUAAGCAUUUAAUUUCCCUUUUUUCUUUGGCCAUUGAAAAAUGCCAUAGAGGCACCUGCAGCUUUGCUAAUGUUAAUUCAUAUAUUUUGUGGAUAUUGAAUUUGGGGUAUUAAAAAAAUCCUUCAUUUUCUUCUUUUUAUGCCCCCGAAUCGAAUGAUCGGGGGCAUAUCGUUUUUGGCCUGUCUGUCUGUCAUUCUGCCCCAAAACUUUAACCUUGGUUAAAGUUUUGCGAUAACUUUUGCAAUAUUGAAGACAGAAACUUGAUAUUUGGCAUGCAUGUGUAUCUCAUGGAGCUGCACAUUUUGAGAGGUGAAAGGUCAAGGUCAUCCUUCAAUGUCAAAGGUAAAAAAAACACAAUCCAAUGGAAGUAAUAAGCUUUUCAGGGAGAUAAUUAUCUGUACCUGCCAAAUGAUAAAAAAUAAAUCAAUCAAUCAAAGCGGCGCAGUAGGGGGCAUUGUGUUUCUGACAAACAUCAUUUGUUUUAUGUAUAUUUCGUGUUUGUUUUUAUAAUGUCUUAUAUAAGAAUUUAACAUUAGUUUUACAUUUGACUUUGUGGUUAAGAUUACCUACCAAUAUAAGUGUCUGGAAAAUAAUUGUGGUUUUUAAGAAGUAUUACUCAUAUAACAAAUUGCUGCAAGAUUAAUAUGGUACAAAGCCGGAACCUUUUUGUUUUUUAUAUUUGAUGUGAGUUUGUUGCAUGAAAAAAACAGAUUUUGUAAAUUGUUUAGUUAAUGAAGUCAAUAUAAAUAUUUCUUAAAAGAUGUUGUUAAAUAACUGUUUUAUUUGAUAAUGACUAUUUUUCAUGAGGUGUUUUUAACUUGGAGGUUAUGCUAUAAAACAUUUGAAAAAAUCCCCAUGUUUUACAAAAACAUGAAAGUAUUUUUUCAUUUUUGUUUCAAUAACAUUGAAUCGCAUCCCUUAUUAUUGUUAAAGAGUGUAAAUUUGACAGUCCACUUUAAUGUUAUGGCCAGGGCUGGCAUAAAAGGAAGUCCGGGGAGUUUUACUUGCAUAUUUAGUUUACACAAGAGUUGCCGCUAAAUGUUCUAAGUAGACUUACCUGAUUUUUUUCUUCAUAGUCCCAAAACGAAGGUCGAGUAAACUUGUAUUACUUGCCCAAAUUCCAAUUUACUGGCCAGUGAACUAACUGAGCCUCGCUCUGUGAAAAGGGGGCUUAAUGCAUGUGCGUAAAGUAUCGUCCCAGAUUAGCCUGUGCAGUCCACAGAGGCUAAUUAGGGAUGACACUUUUCGCUUUUAUGAUAUCUUUCUUUUAAAGAAAGUCUCUUCUUAGCUGAAAUCUAGUUUAGGCGGAAAAUGUCGCCCCUGAUUAGCCUGUGUCAACUGCACAGGCUUAUCAGGGACGACACUUUCCACACAUGCAUAAAAACCCUUUUUACAGAGCACGACUCUAUUAUAAUACCUGACCAUUAGGAGGGCAGGUAUUCUGAAAAUUAUUCCUGGUACUUGUGCAGUUUUACUGGCUUUGUUCAAGAGCUGGCUUCCUUUCACAGAGAAUGCUUUCUAGAUUUUUCAGUUUGCCCUGUUUUGAUUUGGUUCAACCAUCUUGUAUUUAAUGACAUUGAUGCGUUCAUUAUGAAACUAGAAAUAUUAUAAUUGUUAUUUUUCAUUUCGCUUGCCAAUGCAUUUUAUGUGUCAUUACGAUGCUUAAUCCUAUGUGUUGAGCUUACAUGGUAUUAUAUGUAAUGACGUACUAUUUGCUUUACACUAGGAUUGUUUUAUGGUUAUAUAAAAAUAAAUUUCAAAAUUG